GGAAAGUCAGCCUACGCAGCCGUGAGUCUGCGACUGUGGUCUGUGGGAGCACAAAUAUGAAAUCUGAAAUAUCAGCCAAAAUGGGGAAGUGAGGGGCGAAACCCUAAACAGUACUGAACCCCCUACCCGCUCAACUGCAAAACCCUAAAAGGUAACAAAAACCAUAGCGAGAUAGAACGAAACCGUAGAACGCCAAAAAAAAAUGUCUUCUUUGUCCUCCAUACGCCAUGUCCGUCGCUUCUCUACCUCCUCUGCAAUAUCCAUUUCUGCGGCAAAAGCAAGACUCCGAUCAGAGCACGACCCAGACAAAGCCCUUGCUAUAUACUCCUCUGUCUCCGACCGCUACAGCUCUCCGGUCUCCUCUCGGUACGCUCAAGACCUCACCGUCAAGCGCCUUGCCAAAUCUCGUCGUUUUUCCGACAUUGAAAAACUAAUCGAAUCUCACAAGAAAGACCCUAAAAUCACCCAAGAACCCUUCCUUUCCACCUUAAUUAGAUCCUAUGGUCGAGCGGGUAUGUUUGAUCAUGCACUCCAAACGUUCAAUCAGAUGAACGCGCUUGGCACCCCGAGGUCAGCGAUCUCCUUCAAUGCUCUCCUGUCAGCCUGUAACCAGUCCAAGAAAUUCGAUCAGGUACCCAAACUUUUUUCUGAAAUCUCACAAAAGUAUGGUAUUUCUCCAGACAAAAUUUCUUAUGGUAUCUUGAUCAAAUCGUUAUGCGAGUCCGACUUACCCGAGUCGACUUUUAAGAUUCUUAAAGAAAUGAAAGAGAAAGAUGUUGAAGUUACUGCAGUUACUUAUACAACAAUCUUAGAUGCUCUUUAUAAAAAGGGGAAGACAGAAGAAGCCGAACAAAUCUGGGAUGAAAUGGUUGCGAAGGGUUGUUCUCCAGAUACCACGGCUUAUAAUGUACGGAUAAUGCAUGUUCACCAUGGGAAACCAGAGGCUGUACUGGCAUUGAUUGGUGAGAUGAGCUCAGCUGGACUGAAGCCUGACACUAUCAGUUACAAUUACCUGCUUACUUGUUACUGUAAGAAUGACAUGCUUGAAGAUGCUAAGAAAGUUUAUGAGGGUCUGGAGGGAAAUGGGUGUCUUCCAAAUGCUGCAACUUUUAGGACUUAUAUAUAUUAUCUAUGUAGGAAUGGGGAUUUUGGUAGGGGUUUCGAGGUUUACGAAGAUAGUGUAAGGAGGGACAAGAUUCCGGAUUUUGGGACAAUGAAACCUUUGGUCGAAGGGCUGGUGAAGAAUUCCAAAUUGAAAGAGGCAAAAAGAUUAAUCAAGACGGUGAAGAAGAAGUUUCCUCCUAAUUUUUUAAAUGCAUGGAAGAAGCUUGAGAUGGGUCUUGAUUUGGGAGGCAACGAGGAGUCUGCUACUGAAAAGGCUUCUAGUACUUAAGUGUUAUCCUUCUCUGUCAGUUCUUUAUGUGAUGGCUUAUCUGCAAGUGACUCAGAUGAUUGAAAUGACUGCAAGGCACUCAAAGUCCCUAUAAGUGUGCAGUUCUUCUUGAUGUAGCCAAUAAGACCUAAAAUGUUUUGGCAAAACUAUAACUUCACUUGUUGCUAAAGAUUGAAAUCUAAACGGCACAAACUUCGCUUGACCAAGGUAAUUAUCUAGAUACUUCCCAUUUUAGCUCUUCGUUUUUGGCAUUGGAAAUGCUUUCUCUAGUUUUAAUAUUCACUAACAUGAAGAAUUCAAACUUCACAUAUUGCUUUGUCAGAGUAAUUUCUUUUGGUCAUAGACUCUUGAUUCCUUCUUGAGGAUGUUUUCUGAAGUAAAGUGAAGGUGGAUUGCUAUAUUAUUGAUUUUA